CCCAUCGGGUCCAAGCUUUGUUCAUGAUUCAUAAAUGGCGCUCGCACACGACUUUCGCCGCAUUACUUGCCUAUCCUAACCAUCGAACCAUCGAACAAUAUCGAUACCUACAUAUUAAUCAACUAGCUCUUACAUCAACACUUUAGUUGUCAAGUGAAUGAUCUGACUUCUCCUAAGCAUAGCAUAACAUAGCAUAGCAUUUCUACAUUCGAUAUUUUCAUGAUGGAAGAAGCUCCACCUCCUCCAUACAGCGAAAAUGAUACAUUUUCGCAUCCGGGACGGUCGCCGUCAGCCCGAGCUGGAGCAAACGACGACACUGCUUCCGUCACCGAAUCUUCUUCUCAUGGCACACCCAUUUAUACACCACCGGAAACUCCCCGGGAAUCACAUUUCAACCUCCCUGGAGUCGAUGAGCACCGUUCAAUAACAUCUGCCCACUCUUACUUCGAGUCUCGCCCCACUCUCGUCAGCCGCUUGGCCGGCCAAAACUUCGUGGCCUCGUUAGCUAUCACGGAGGAUGCUUCUCCAGACGACUUCCCGUACCCGAGCUGGGCAAGUGUCCAUGACACCACCGAAGAAGAUUGGCAGACAUUCUUGAACCAUCUCCUGCCUGACCAUGCUGCACGAUCUAACUCCCAAACCAUCGACCGCAAACUGCAGGCAGAAGAUGAUGCACAGUCAUCCAAGACCGAAAGAAGUAUCGCCGAGGCGCAGCUCGGUCAGAUCAAGUCACCCUCGAAUUUAUCACUACAGCCUUCACACGACAUCGAUACUAUGGUCCGCGAGUGGAAUGACGGUUUCUUCGGACCAAGAGGCGUAACUAUACAGCGGGCUCCACACUCGUCCCGUAGUGCAUCGGAGACGCCCGCUUUCGAAGAUCCUCCCAUUUCCGUACCGCAACCCCAGUCCCAGCCCCGGGAACAGGAACAGGGGCAGGAACAGACUCCUAGGUCAAAAUGGAACCCGUUCAGACCGUUCGACAUUAGUAACCAGGGUGUCCGCAUCGGACCUCUUUCCAUUGACAACGACCGUGUAGCGUUCGGGGACUCAUUCGAAGUCGACCGCAACGGCGUGCGUUGGAACGGUCUAUCAACCAAUGACCUCAAAUUCGAAACCGACAACGGUACCCGAGGCGGCGCUCCCCAAGGCCCAGGUUCCUUCACCAACAUCCCACCCGGAAGAGGCGGGCUCGGCGAACACCCCAUAGGUCGCGGCCGGGGCGGGCGCUGGUGGAGAACCGCCCCGAACCCAACCCCCCACAACCCCCGAGCCCCCUCCCCAAGCGCGCACUCCAGCGCCUCCUCCUCCUCCAGCUCCUCCGACUCCAGCAUCGGCAGCCUCCCAGACUGGGACGACCUACGGGACAGCCAGCUCCCAAUCACCAAGCAAUCGAUCUCAACCUGGCUCUCGCACCCGGAGCAGCCCGUAACAAAAGCCAUACUCCGCAGCGCGCGAUCCAACAUCAAAGCGGCGCGGAACGCGCCCCCACCCACGAACGACCCCGGCUGGGACGUCAGCAAGCAGGCCUUGCGGCAAGAAGUGCGGUCGCUCCUCGCGCGUCUGCAGGAUCUGAAGAGGGAGCAGAAAAGAGCAGCGCGCGCGACGCGGAAGGAGAGGCGGGAGGUGAAGCGCGCGGCGAAGCGGGAGAGGAGGGAGAGGAGACGGGAGGGGAGACGCAGGGGCGCGGCGUUCGAUCCGUUUGGGGUUGCGAGACGACAUACGGCUCCUGCUCCGCCGGCGGUGCUUGAAGCCUACGUCCCGCCCGUCCCGCCCGUACCGCAAUUCAACGCUCCGUUCGGGGGGUUCGGGUUCGGUGGGAGGGGUAGGGGAGGGGGAAACGCGCCGAGGCCCUGGGAAGCACAUGUGCGGGCGGCGCGGGAACAGGCGGAGCGAGCGCGGACGCAGAGCGCGGAGCAGGUAAGGGUCGCGAUGGCGCAUGCGGACUCCGUGUGUGCGCUUGCGGCGACGCAGGCGGGACGGGCGCGCGAGGACGCGCUGAGACAGGCUAGUGCUGCGAGGGCACAGGCUGCUGCUGCGGUUGCUGGGGCGGGGGGUUCGUAUUCGUACUCGCAUGUGCAACCCUCGCCACAGCCGUGGAGGAUGUGGGGUGCUGAUGGUGGUAAUGAAGGUGUUGGGAACGCUAGACGUGGGUUUGGUAGUGGUAAUCAUAGUGCUACUUGUGAUAAUUGUGGUCAUGUGAAUAAAUACGAGAGGGCAGAUGCGCUAGAGGCGCAGUUGAAGGCGAAGACCAACGAGCUUUCAAGGCUGUGGAAUGAGGGUUGGACACAGGAUGCGAUGGAGACGAUACACGGAAAGGGUGAAGUUAACGAGAUGGGAUUGACAAAGUUAGAAGCCGAGGCCAAGAAGCUGGAAAGUGAGAUCAGAGAUCUCUCGAGAGAUGUGAAUCAGUUGAGACUUGAGGCUGAUGAGGAGAUGGCGAGGAAGAUGGCGGAAGAGGAGGGUUGGCAUGGGUAGAUGGGAUAAUCUAACUCAAGACUUUAGGAUUUUAUGAUAACGGAGCAUGGUAUCUAAGGAUGGGCUUGGGUAUUGAUGGUAUAUUGAUGGUACAUGAAUAAGGGAUUCAGGGGUUAAGGGGUUAUGAAUUUGCCAACUACCUACGGUAUAGGUUCGUAGAUUUUAGUCUAGUUAUGAAUUUACGGUAAACAUAGUUGUGUAAAGUCAUAGAUUCAUCAUUCA